AUGACUGAAACAGGUAGUCAUCACACAGGCUUUAUCGCAGUUCAUGUAGGUGCUGGUUUGCAGUCUCAAGCUCGACUGAAUCAAUAUUUUGAAACGAUAAAACGAGCUUGCCUUCACGGAACAAGAGCAUUAAAGAAUGGAAAGAAUGCAUCAGAAGCAGCCUGUAUCGCUGUUGCUGUUCUUGAAGACUGUCCGUUGACCAACGCUGGAAUUGGUUCGAAUUUGACUCUAGAUGGAAACAUUGAAUGUGAUGCAUCAAUCAUGGAUGAAGAAGGUUAUGGAGCGAUAGGCGCUGUUUCAAGUAUACAAAAUCCAAUUACAUUAGCAUGGGCAUUGUUACAUACGCAAAAACAAGGUUUGAUGGAAGGCGGUCGAAUACCUCCAUGUUUCCUCGUUGGAGAUGGUGCUAAACAAUGGGCACAACAAAAUGGCUUCUCUUUAGUUGAUAAUCAACAAAUGAAAACAGAGAACAGUACUUAUAUGUUUGAUAAAUACAAAAGAAAACUUGAGGAAAAUACAUUGGAAUCAACAAAAAGAGCGAAAACGAACGAUAAUGAAAGAUUAGAUACAGUUGGUGCUAUUGUUAUUGACCAAAAUGGAAAUGUUGCUGCAGCUGCAUCAAGUGGUGGAAUUCUUUUAAAACACUCGGGACGUGUUGGACACUCUUCUAUGUUCGGUUGUGGUUGCUGGGCGGAACGAAAAGAUUCGUGUUCGAUAGCAGUCGCUUCGUCUGGAACGGGAGAGUUUCUGAUGAAAAGUCUAUUCUCAAAAUCAAUCAGUGAUGCUUGCUCGGUCGAUGAACUCACACCAGACAUGAUCCAAACUUCGAUAAAUAAUCUCUACCUUAAUCGCAGAAUGACACCGAUUAAUGCAGAAAAAUAUGUUGGAUUCAUUCUUUUAAAAGCAAUGAGUAAUGAAAACAAUCAACAAUUCAUUGAAUUCCUCUGUGCACAUAAUACUCAAACAAUGUGUUUCGGUCACAUGACGACACAUCAAAAUAAAGUAACUACGGUCUUUUCGGAAUUAAAAUCGGGCGAAUCUUUAACAAUCAAUCUCGAUUUCAUCUCUUCAACAUGA